UUCCGAGCCCCAAAAGCCAAAUUCCAUCCCCCUAUGGCAUCGGUACGCACGAUGGCAAAGCUCCCACCUUUUCCUCCCCCACGCCUCUUUUUAUCUCGCGCCUCCCGUCCCCAUCGCUCCCCCUCGCCGCCCAGGUCUCCUCCACCCUUUCGCUUCGCCGCCUCCGGGGUUCUCCGCGCCGUGCAUUGAUUUUGAUGGAAAAGUUGGCAUAAUUGAAGAUUUGCGGUAGAUCUUGUGAAUUUUAGUGGGAAUUUGAUCGUGGAAAGUUUAUGAAGUCCCUUUGGGGUUCUUGAUGCAUAAGAUAGUGUGCAUGUGAUUUGCCCAUAGUUUCGGCAGCCUCAUCGUUUUCCAUUUGGGAUCAAUAAAACUUCAUGCUCAUGGACAGGGCUGAUACAUCAGGUUUUGUCAGUGGUGGCAUACAUUACAUGAACAUCCAUGUGUAUUUCCAUUUUGUGUAUACUAUGUGCUUCCUCAGUGGUGAAGUUGUAAAGCUGGGGUUCUGAUCUCUGUUGGUUGGAUUGAGCAUCUGGUCUCUGAACAGCAUAUAAAUUUCUUCCUAUCAUAAUCCUACCUUAUUUAUACUAAGCAGGAUGGACCUCAAUAUGACAAAUCUUUGGUUUCGUGGGAAGGAACAUAUAGCUGCUUCUUCAGUCUCCCAGGCCCAACCAUCUGCCAUAAAUUGCAGGAAUGAAGAACUAGCUGUGUCAGCCGUAAACUUGGGUUGCAUCAGGAGCUCAGAAAUAUCACAGAACUCUAGAAAAUCCUUUCAGCAUGUUGAUCAAAGUUUGGCCACUCCUGAUGAUAGCUGCAGGCUGGUCCUUGGACUUGGGCCAACACCAAAUCUAUAUUCUGCUGAUAGUCACUCAUUUGGUGGAAACAAAACUUAUCAAUCUGCAACUUUGCUCACUCAACAUUGUGCCACAACCGACCCUGGUUUAAAGUUGGGUCUUUCAAGAUGUAGCUCAAGAAAUUUGCAAUCUACAACAGCGAGUGGCAAGAAGAAUUAUUCACCUGCAAGGAAGACCGGUAUCAUCUUUCCACUUAUUGAUGAGGGAUCAACUUCAGCAAAGAGGAAACGAGGUGGCUAUAUGCUGCCACUUCUGUUUGCGCCAAGAUCAGAAGGUCUUUGUCUUAAUGGAACAUCUCCAGACACUGAUGUCCAACAGCAUGAUGAAACUGGAUGUGAUACUGAAAGCGAUCAUGAUAGAUCUCUGAAUCAUCACGAGAUUCAGCCUAGCCCUGGUUUAUCCAUUACAGCUGAUUGUUCUUUUGCUGCAACUUCUGAUAUAGUAGCCGGUACAAGUGGUGAGCAGAGGAGUCAUCAGCGCCAUCCAAAGAAAUGCAGGUUCAAUGGGUGUUUGAAAGGUGCAAGGGGUGCAUCAGGACUUUGCAUUUCUCAUGGCGGUGGCCAGAGGUGCCAGAAGCCUGGUUGCAACAAAGGUGCUGAGAGUCGAACAGCAUUCUGCAAAGCUCAUGGAGGAGGGAGACGCUGCCAAGAGCUAGGCUGCACCAAAAGCGCCGAAGGGAAGACAGAGUUCUGUAUUGCUCAUGGUGGUGGGCGCCGGUGUGGGAUUGAGGAAUGCCCGAGAGCGGCAAGGGGAAAAUCAGGAUUCUGCAUAAAACAUGGUGGAGGUAAAAGGUGCAGGAUAGAGGGUUGCACUCGUAGUGCUGAAGGCCAUCCUGGGUUGUGCAUCUCACAUGGAGGUGGUCGCCGGUGCCAGUACCCAAACUGCGAUAAGGGGGCGCAAGGAAGCACCAUUUUUUGCAAGUCCCAUGGUGGAGGCAAGAGGUGCAUGUUUGAUGGUUGUACCAGAGGCGCAGAGGGCAGCACGUCCUUCUGCAAAGGGCAUGGUGGCGGGAAGAGGUGCCUCUUUGAGGGAGGUGGGGUGUGCCCAAAGAGUGUCCAUGGUGGAACUAGCUUCUGUGUUGCGCAUGGAGGGGGCAAACGCUGCUCCGUUCCUGGGUGCACCAAGAGCGCCCGUGGUCGUUCUGAUUGCUGUGUGAAGCACGGUGGUGGCAAGCGUUGCAGGUUUGAUGGGUGCGACAAGAGCGCACAGGGGAGUACUGACUUCUGCAAGGCCCAUGGCGGGGGCAAGCGAUGCGCUUGGAGCACCGGCUGUGACAAGUUCGCUCGGGGAAGGAGUGGUCUCUGCGCUGCACAUACGACCCUGAUGGCUUCCAAGCUAGAGCAUGAUCCUGGACAUGCACGAAGCAUGGUCGGGCCUUCCCACUUCAGUGGCAUUGUCUCCGGUUCAUCAGCUGCUGAUAGCAACAUGGACCAUGCCAUCUCAUCAUCUGGCCAUGGCGCAUGGUCAGACUGCGUUGACUCGUCAGGAGACAUGCAGAGCGCUGGCAGGCUCCUUAUACCACAUCAGGUGCUGGUCCCUGGCUCAUUGAAGGCCUCUCCUUCGUGUGGUCUAGCAGGCAACGGCCGGGAUGACGGAGGGAGUCGGAGCCAGAGCUUUGGGCUCGUGGUGCCGGAGGGAAGGGUGCACGGUGGAGGGCUGAUGUCCAUGCUUGGAGUUGGAGGCAACCUGGGAAACAAUCCUGAUUGUUCGAAAACCUGAAACACCAAGUAUGUGAUGUAGUGAGCACAAACAGAGAAUUCAGGCUAUCUUGCAUGCCUCUGUUAUGAUCAUUGCAAUGUAAUAUAUACAUGAUUUUUCAAAUGGCCAUUGUAUAACUGUAGUACUUGCCAAUUGGCCAUUGUGUAACUAUAGUAUUUGCUAUGUACAAGAGUGGUUUUAGCAUUUAGUCAAUGUUGUGCACAGAGCUGAGAACUGCAUAGUUACUUGGGUUCAGAAAUUAUAUGAAAGCUUGUAAGUUGUUUCUCUCUGAAUUUUUGCAAACCUAUUUACUGAAA